CCUCCGGCCGCCCGUCCAGUGCCCGCGGCGGCAGGUUUCGGGCCGGGAGGGCGGGCGGGGCGCUCCGUCCGGGCCCCGUCUCCGUCCGUCCGUCCUUCAGAUCGUCCGCGCAGCCAUUCGGCCCUGAAGAAGAGGCUCAGGCGAGGGGGCCUGUUUCGGAGGAGGCGCGGGUGGCUGAGCUCUGCCACCAUGAAGGUCAAGGUCAUCCCCGUGCUGGUGGACAACUACAUGUACCUGGUCAUCGAGGAGCACACGCGGGAGGCUGUGGCCGUGGACGUGGCCGUGCCCAAGAGGCUGCUGGAGGUCGUGGCCCAGGAGGGGGUAUCUCUAACCACAGUGCUGACCACCCACCACCACUGGGACCACGCGAGGGGAAACGCGGAGCUGGCGCGGCUGCGGCCGGGGCUGGCCGUGCUGGGCGCCGACGAGCGCAUUUGCGCGCUGACCCGCAGGCUGGCGCACGGCGAGGAGCUGCGGUUUGGCGCCAUCCACGUGCGCUGCCUCCUGACGCCCGGCCAUACCUCGGGCCACAUGAGCUACUUCUUGUGGGAGGACGAAUGCCAGGACCCACCCGCUCUGUUCUCGGGGGACGUUCUGUCGGUGGCCGGCUGCGGCUCGCGCCUGGAGGGGACCGCUCAGCAGAUGUACCAGAGCCUGGUUGAGACUCUGGGCAACCUACCCCCCGAAACGAAGGUGUUCUGUGGCCACGAGCACACACUCAGCAACCUCGAGUUUGCACAGAAAGUGGAGCCCUGCAACGACCACGUGAGAGCCAAGCUGUCCUGGGCCCAGAAGAGGGAUGAGGACGACGUGCCCACAGUGCCUUCGACCCUGGGCGAGGAGCUCCUCUACAACCCAUUCCUGAGGGUGGCAGAGGAGCCAGUGCGCCAGUUCACUGGCAGAGCAGUCCCGGCUGAGGUCCUGGAGGCACUCUGCAGUGAGCGGGCAAGCUUCGAGCAGGUGGCCGAAGUGCUGCAGCCACAGGCUUGUGCACUCCUGGCGCUGCAGCGGGGGCUCCUGGGCUCACCCCAACAGAAGUGAGCCCCAUGUGGGGAGUCUCCACCUCCAUCCUCCUGCGACCCUUGGGCCUGCCCCCGGGGCACUGUCCAGCUGGCCACCCAGCUUUGGAGGGUCUCCUUCCUUGGGCGCUUCCUGGGAGGGAACACGCAGGGCAGAACCUCCUCCUGGGGGCCCUGAGAGCCAGGCGUCGAGGAAGCAGCUUAGUGGGUGCACAGGGUAUGUGGAUGGUGAAUAAACCUUUGAGAGACCCUUCUCAACGCCAGCAGAAGCCGUUCUCAAAGCUACUCUGUGCGCUUUAUGAGGAGAUUCCUUUAUUAGAGAUGAAGCUCAGUGGGAAACAGGCCCGGUGGGAAUCCAGCCAUGGACACAACUCAGCAGGAAAAGCCUGGCACCCACUGGUGCAUCCUGCUUCACACAUGGACAUGGUUGGGAAGACAUGGGCGCUCUAGCCCUGUUGGCUACAGCCUCACAAUGAACACCUGGUUUCCAGGGGGACCAGGCACCCCCUUCCUGCCGGUGUGUAGCUGGAACAGCUCAGCAGGCCAUCUGCUCUCUGCACUGCAGCUUCAGGGGUGACUCCAGAAGUCAGGAAAGAGGAACCCCACUUUUGCUCUGCCUUAAGCACCCACGGGACUGGCUGUCCCCUCUCUUGGGUCACCAUGACCAAGAAAA